UUAGAAUUUUGAUAAGUUAUAUCAAUAUUGUUUAGUGAAAAAAGUUGCAAAAAUAUACAGAAUUUCAGAAACUUGAAUUUAAUUAAUAACUCCACCAAAAUUAAUCUAAAAUUAGCCAAAUUAAGCCAUCAUAUACUUAAAUUAUUGAAUAAGGUAUUAGACUACUUAAAAAUCAAAAUAAAGGCCAUUUAAAUGUCCAAAAUAUCAAUUUUAAACAUAAAUGAAUCUGACAGAAUCGCCUAAAAACUUUUCAAAACUUACGGAAUUUUUUGCCUCAGUUGAAUACUCGUCAACACUUUAAUUUAAGCUCAAAAAUCCAAACUUCAAUAGUUAAGAGCAUAAGAUUACACCGGUUCGAAUUGAAAGCGGGUGUUAUUUCAAUCACACUACUUUUCUUAAACAGAGCCGUUCAUAAAUUAAACUCUAAAUUUUUCAAAUCAUUCUUUUAAUCAAACAUUAUUCAAGAAAAUGACUGUAUCGGUUAAUGAAAAGCCUGUCAUCGUCACAUUGAAUGACUUGAAACAUGGGAUCAACCAUGAAACUUUAACCCAAGCUUUUGGUCUUAAUUCAUUGGGUAUAAUUGUUGUAAAAGAUUUACCCCAACAUUUCCAUGCUUUACGAUUAAAAGUACUAAAAAGUGCUUCCGUAUUAGCCAAUUUACCCGAACAUGAAUUACAACAAUUGGAAUCUGAAGAAUCAUUAUGGCUCACUGGUUGGUCUUGUGGAAAAGAGAAAUUAGCAUCGACUGGUCAACCUGAUUUCAAUAAGGGUUCAUAUUAUGUGAAUUGUGCAUUUCAUAAUGAUCCAAGUUUAGAAGGUCCAACUCAAGAAUUAACCAAUCAAUUUGAAAAUUAUAAGGCAUAUACCACUGCUAAUAUUUGGCCAACAUCCUCACAUAAAGAUUUAGAAAAUUUUCAAACCGAUUUAAAACAACUUUGUAAUUUUAUUAUUGAUGUGGCUGAAUCAGUAGCUUCAAAUUGUGAUAAAUUUAUUAAACUGAUUGAUGAAACUUAUGAAACUGGAUAUUUGAAAAGAAUAGUUAAGAAUUCAACUUGUACAAAGGCAAGAUUAUUACAUUAUUUCCCUACCAAAGCCACCACCUCAAAUCGAUCUGAUGAUGAUUGGUGUGGUGAACAUCUAGAUCACUCAUGUUUAACAGGGUUAACAUCUGCAUUAUUCAUCGAUGAGUCUAAGGGCCUCACAUCCAAUCUUGAGAAGUCACCCGAUCCUGAACUGGGAUUAUACAUCCGUGAUAGAAAUAAUAAUGUUGUAAAAGUAAAUAUUCCAACUGAUUGUCUUGCUUUUCAAAGUGGAUCUGCUUUACAAGAAGUUUCAAAAGGGAAGUUCAAAGCAGUUCCUCAUUAUGUUAAAGGUUCAGCUUUACCUCAUAUUGCCAGAAAUACAUUGGCUGUAUUUUGUCAGCCUGAUUUAGAUGAAUUGGUCAAUGACAAAGAGAAUUUCGCUCAAUAUGCCGACAGAAUUCUUAAAUCAAACCAUUAGAUUAUACUCACUCUAUAUAGUUAUAUCACCUAUUUAUUUAUUUAUACUUAUAUUAUUCACUUUAUGAAGUAAUUUCGUUCCUUUAAAUUUAGCCGU